AUGGUCAGCAGGAUCAGUAGCAUGGUCCUGGCGGUGGUGGCAGACACCGUGUUGGAGGGUUUCCUCAGAACAACUCCACUGGAAGCCUUUGAAAUAAUUAGAAGGCGAUGGGUCAUCCCCUGUCCCGGUCGCCUGAGCAGAACACCUUACAUCCCACAGCAAUUACAGUGGGUGUUAGCCCCCACCCUUCCUGAUCCCUGCAAGGCAGGAUACCUGCAGGGAGGCAAAGUGAAGAAGCUAGUAGACCACUUAGUGCCUGCCCUGCUCUUCGGAGCUGCCGUGUUUAUUCCUGUUUAUCUGGGGGCAUAUAGUACUUUCAGGACUGCCCAUCACGUAUUGAAGCUGCUGUAUAAAAGAUACAGCCAUUCCCGUGACAAUGAGAAGAAGGAAGGCGCGCAGGAGCACCUGCAGCAAGCCUUUUUUAUAUUGGACUCGUGGAUGAGGGUAUACCCAGAGUGUUGCACUGAAGCACCGGACACGUCCUGCCUGCAAGACCUGGGAACCUAUUCACACUGUGUCUCUGUGGAGGAGCAGCAGGCCCAUCUUCUGCUCAGCCAGCUGGAGCACAUGCAUCUGAAGGAGCCAGAGCUGGAGGCUGUUCCACCAACUGCACGGCAGUUGGCAUCUAAACAACUGGAUCCAACACCCUGCGUAGAAGCAGGACUACCAUGUCAGUCAGAGCUGGAACUAGCUGCAGCCUCAGAGGCCUCUUCAGCUCCAGGAGCUGCAGUGGAGCUCCAGCAAGAAUCCCAGGCUGAGAGAUGUUGUGACUCGCCUGCACCAUCAUUCACUGAAAUCAAGCCACCUGCAGGUCAGCCAAUGGCCCACAGCCUUGCACUGUCACCAGCACCAAGUCUGGAUCUUGGUCUGCAACAUGAUCCACAUCCCCUAUCAGGGGAAGAAAAAGUGGCUGCUCCCCCAGUGGCAGAGGAACUUAGUCCACUGGCUUUAGGGCCAGUGACUGAUGAGGGGAUAUCAGUGCCCACUCCUGAACCCCAGGUGUCUGAAAGCCAGGCUGACCCACUUCUUCCACCUAGCCAAGGAGAAGCAUAUGCAGUUCAACCAGAGGCCUCAAAGCCCACUGCAGGGAACAGCUCAGGGCCAGAGCUAGAGGCUGCAGGAGAGGAAAGAUGGGAGUCUACUCUCCUUAUACCUGGGGAGCAAGUGGAAUCUUGCCCGCUUGCUGGAGAGGCUGGCUGCCUUGAGCCUGUUGCUGAGCAGCCAGAGCCACCCGCACAGGAGCCUCUGCCGCCCAACCCGGAUGUAGCACCCGUCCCAUCUGCACAGCUGGACGCUGACGCAGGCUUAGGAGGGGACUCUGAUCCAGUUACUCAUUUGCACGAAGUAGCUGAUCUCCAUGAAGUAGCUGAAGACACCAAUGGUGUUCUGACAAAUGGUGUUGCCAAGCAAGAGCCUGCUUGCAAGGAAGACAGGCCAGCUGAAUCAGAUAGUGACUCAGAUCCCUGGCAGUGUUUUGACAUGGGGGAUGUGCAGAUUUCCUCCAGGGAGUCAGACCAUAAAAAGGAAACAGCUCACAUGCUAGAGCGGUUGCCCGACCUGAAGGUGAAGCAGUUGUCCCUCAUGGCGGUGAAGCUGUUCAAAGGGCUGAUCCCUGAGCAAUGCUUGAGCUAUAUAUAUUAUCAACCGGACCAGGAGGAGGGUCUGGAGCACCUGGCACCCACUGUGCUGGCCAUCCUGGAGCACUGUGAAAAAUUGCACACCUGUGUGAUCAGCACAUGCCUCGGGGACCACAGCACAGAGGCAGCAGAGAGGGCCCAGGUGUUGGAGCACUGGAUAGACGUAGCUUUGGAGUGCCACCUUCUGAAGAACAGCUGCACCCUCGUCUCCAUCACGUGUGCUCUGCAGAGCAGCCAGCUCCAAGGCCUGAAGAAGACGUGGGGGUUGGUUGGCAGGGAGAGUCUAAAGACGUUCCAGGAGCUGAAGAAGAUGUAUUGCCACGAGCAGGUGUACAAGAGGCAAGAGGCCAAACACAUGACCCUCUGGAAGAAACUCAAGAGAGGCCUCAGGAAGCCUCAGCAACUGGAGUAUCCCGAGGGCACAGUCCCUUACCUGGGCACCAUCCUCACUCACCUGGCCUCACUGCACAAAGACAAACAUUCAAAAGAUGGCUCCUGGCUGAAUAUUAAAAGGCGAAGAGAGGAAUUCAAGGUGAUGGCACUAAUGAAAGAACUACAGGGCUCAUGUCAGGAGCUCCAGGUGGUUCCUGACAUGAACUUCGUAUCUUGGUUUAACAACAUGAACCGCCUAAAUGAGUUGGAAAGCUCCAAGCUAUCCAGGGAGCUGGAGCCUCCCCGCCGGGUACUUGUCCUGAGCUGGAACAACAAGAGGAGCCCUCCCCUGAGGAAGCGCUCAGGAAAUUCCCAGGCCUCAAGCAGAGAGCCCAGCAGCAAUAGCAGCAGCUCCCAGUUGGAGACCUGUGAGCAGCUCAGCAGUGGGAUUGGCAGCCAUACACCCAGCGUGCACUGGGGCUGCUCACCCAAGCCUUGUGCACACUUGCACAAGGAGGAGAGAAGAUUUGGGCAUCUUGCCUUUCCUGAGCCCCCAGAUCUCCCGCUGAGCUGGGCAUGGGGCUCUAUCCUAGGCUGCCCUUUCAUCAGCCACAAUUUUGGCUGA